AUGGCAUUCCUUUUGGCAAGAUUGUUGGAUAAGAGGGGAUUACCUCAUGCACACAUAUUGUUAUUCAUGCAUCCUACAAACAAGCCAAGGUCUCCAUCAGAUAUUGAUAGGUUUAUUUCUACUACUGAGAUACCUGAUAGGCUCCGUAGACCAAGGUCACGUGCUGUUAUUGAUGAAGUUGGAUUUUCAAAGUACAAGAGACCAGACAAUGGUCGCACGAUAACUAAGAGGAAUGUUAUCAUUGGUAAUUCCUUCAUUGUUCCAUACAAUCCGUAUUUGUUGUUGAGAUAUGGUUAUCAUAUAAAUAUCGAGCAUACAUGCCAAACUUUUGCCACCAAGUAUCUAUUUAAACAUUUGUACAAGGGCAGUGAUCGAAUAAAGGAACCUGUAGUUAUUAGGUUACCCUUUCACUUUCUUGAAGAGCAUGUUGUUAUCUUUAGAGAUGAUGACAAUAUUCAAGAUGUUCUCAAUCGUGUAAAUGGCAAGUUGACAAAAUUAUUAGCAUGGUUCCUUGCUAAUACUUUAAAUCCUUUUGCCAAGUUGUUGACUUAUAGUGAGUUUCCUAACAAGUUUGUAUGGAAAGAUGAUAAAGGAUGCACGAGUUUUGUUGACCUUAGAAUUGUUUAUGAUGUUAUUUAUGAUGCAUUCAAGGAAGCAUAUUAUACAUUAGGAAUUCUCCAAGAUGAUAAGGAAUUUGUUGAUGCUAUAUUGGAAGCAAAUGAUCGAUUCUUAAUGGAUGAGAUGAAUUUUGAUAGGGAAUUACUACGUGAAGAGUUAAAGGAUUCUUUGAAAUCUAUGACUCACGAACAGAAGAAUGCAUACUAUCAGAUAUUGAAUGCUAUCUCCAUGGACCUUGGUGGAUUUUACUUUGUUUAUGGUUACAGUGAUACUGGGAAGACUUUCCUUUAUCGCACGUUAUCUGUGUCAUUAAGGUGCAACGGCAAAAUUGUGCUAAAUGUUGCAUCAAGUGGUAUUACUUCACUAUUACUCCCUAACAGACACAAUACUCAUUCUAGAUUCAAGAUUCCACUAAACAUAAACGAGGAUUCGGAUAUCGUGCAAUCUUCCAAUAAUUCAUCAUAUAUAUGGGAUUACUGUAAUGUACUAAAGCUAUACAGGAAUAUGCAUUUAUCUUCUUCAUCAUGUUCUCAAGACAAUUGCGAAAUUAUGGAUUUUGCUAAUUGGCUUAUUCAUAUUGGAGAUGGAUUGGCUGGUGAUUCUAUAGAUGGUGAGUCUGAAGUUUUGAUCCCGGAUGAUAUUCUCAUUGAUGAUACUGACACUAGUUUUAAAGAGUUGAUAUAG